UCAGGUUGGGCCACCCCGGAGGACGAGGAAUGCCUCGCAUGAGGGUCUCCUCUUAGUCCCACUCCCUCCACGCCGCUCUUCAGGGCACUCACGUACCAGCCGCCGCGCUCCUGCGAAGCCUUUCCGGGGCGCCUUGUAGAUCCCCAUGGAGACCGCGAAAGAUUUCGUGCAACCGCUCCAGGUGCUCCGAAGAACCAGAGCCGUGACUCGCCAUAGCGCCGUGAAGCCGGAGAGGGAGGCGACUCCACGGAGGAAGUUUGUUGCAGGAGGUGUGUGCAAGUCUACAGCUACACUGAAUGGGAAGGUUGCAGUGAUCACAGGAGCCAACACUGGCAUAGGGAAGGAGACUGCGAAAGACCUUGCAAGAAGAGGUGCUAGAGUCAUCCUUGCUUGCAGAGAUAUGGCAAGAGCAGAAGCAGCAGCCUGUGAAAUCCGGACCAUGACAGGGAACCAGCAGGUUAUUGCGAUGAAGUUAGAUCUGGCAGACAGCAAAUCUAUCAAAGAAUUUGCUGAGAAUUUCCUGAAAGAGGAGAAGGAGCUCCAUAUCCUCAUUAACAAUGCAGGGGUUAUGAUGGUCCCCUACUCCAAAACAGCUGAUGGCUUUGAGGUGCAUCUGGGAGUCAACCACCUUGGUCACUUCCUUUUAACAUUCCUGCUGAUAGAGCGCCUGAAGCAAUCUGCACCAGCUCGCAUAGUGAAUGUUUCCUCAUUGGCUCAUCAUGGUGGGAAGAUUCGCUUUCAUGACCUCCAGGGUGAGAAGUUAUACUGUCGGAGCCUGGCAUACUGUCACAGUAAACUGGCCAAUAUUCUGUUCACCCGGGAGCUGGCUAGACGACUGCAAGGCACUGGUGUCACUGUAAAUGCCCUGCAUCCAGGCACAGUUUCUUCUGACUUGCCCCGUUAUUCCAUUUUCAUCUCUGUGGCUUCGAAGAUAUUUCAUGUCUUCUUGAAGUCACCAUAUGAAGGAGCCCAGACCAGUGUGUAUUGUGCGGUGGCAGAGGAACUGGAGUCAGUGAGCGGGCAGUAUUUCAGUGACUGUAAGCCUGCCUAUUUGUCAUCUCGGGCCCGUGAUGAUGAAACUGCAAACAAGCUCUGGCAGGUCAGCUGUGAACUACUGGGAAUCCACUGGGAUUAAGUUAUGGAGGAUCCUUCGUUCUAGCUGUGUUUCUAGCAAGCUAUUUGCUGGAUACACAAAGCGCAGACUUGAUGGGAAGAGACUUUGCAUCAUUACCUACCAAAAUUGUGGUUGUAAAAGGGACACAGGUUCUUUUCAGAUUAGUUUCUUCCUUCCCACACAUACCAUGGUAAGGGAAUGUAGUAGUUCAGCAAGAGAAUAAGUUGCCCUACUGGCUUUGAAAGCAAAAAGAGGAAUAUAUAAAUCCUCAUUCUCCAUCCUCACCAACUCUUGAGUAGAUUGUUUUUUAACAAGUCAGCUCUGUCACAGAUCUGUUAACUCGGGGAUUCCCAACCUACGGCACUCCAGAUGUUGCUGAACUACAACUUCCAUCAUCCCCAGCAACAAUUUAUUGUGGCUAGGGAUUAUGGGAGUUGUAGGUCAGCAACAUGACUCCCACCGGUUGGGAGCCCCUGUAACUUAUUUCAGAUUGGCUUAUUAUGAAGCAAGGAGAGCUGAGGCUUUCCCUUCCUUCUGGAUUUGUAUAGCAUUGUUAAUUGUGUGUGUGUGGUCAGAAGCAAGAGGUGUAGAGUCCAAAAAUAUGUUUCUGCCCAAGGAACUGAAGCAGGAUCUUGCCUAUUAAGAGGCAUGUAAGCUCCAGCAGCAGACAUUCUACACCCCUGCUUUCUUAUAUGAAAUCUGCUCUUUGCUGACUUCAGGGAAAAACAGUAUGCUCACAGAGGGGUGCUUGGAGCUUUAGGCAUGCAAGCAAGACCUUUCCCCCUAGAAUUACUACUACAGUGGCAGCCAAUUGUUUCAGCCUUUUCAGUUACAGUACUGGACAAUUCAAAGCCCAUACCUUAACUUGACAAUUCAAAGCCCAUACCUUAACUUGUUUUUAAACUCAGAUGUUUCUUUAGCAUCCACAGUCCCUUGUCAGAAUAGACCCUAAGAUACUGUGCUAUUUUUAAAAAUAUUCAGAUUUCUUGUAUAUUUGAGAAAAGACAUCAGAAAAAAGGGUGUGUGUUUUUUUACUAGAGACCAACCUUUUAUGUACAUGGACCUAUAUGCAAUUAUAAGGCUGUUAACUACUGUGGGCUAUACUUUAUUGGCAGGGUGAGAAGGGACCAGGUAGGCUGAAGUGUAUUCUUGGGGACCAAGAGCAGUCACACACUUGAUACGAGUCUUCCAUUUAGACAAAAGGUGCUUCAGUAUUAUGCUGCCCUUGCUAGUAAUGCAGCUGUUGGUACAAGGUGUCAUACUGCUUUAAAUGCAUUUGGAUAAACUAACACAGAUGUCUGUUUUCUCACUGGGUUGUGAUAAGCCCACUUAUAUGAAAGGAUCAAGUUGUGAAAUUCUAACAGGUUUUUUUUCAGGGCAGAAUCAGUUUGAAAUCAGAACUGAGCAAUCUCAGAACAUGGCUAAAUAAACACAUUUUAAGUUUA